GAAUGACGCACUGGAAGGCACAGUAAGAGAGAGGAAGGAGGAAAUAGAUCAAGACACAGUGAGGCGGAGAGUGAAAGAAGGGGAGAAAGAGAAAGAGGAAGGUAGAUAAAGAGCGAGGGAGAGGAAGCUAGAUAAAGAGAGAGGGAGAACGUGUACAGUUGUCCCGGUCGGACGCCAGUAGAGGUCGCUGGAAUAUUAUUGCUGGCAGUUGUGGCUUGGCGGCCGGUUGGUCGGCUGUCUCACAUAAAUAAUGACAUCAACAAUCUCUAGUUUAAACAGUUUAUUUUCCUUCACAAGUCCUGCAGUGAAACGAUUAUUGGGAUGGAAGCAAGGAGAUGAAGAAGAAAAGUGGGCUGAAAAAGCUGUUGAUUCUUUGGUGAAAAAACUUAAAAAAGAGAAAAAAGGAGCCCUUGAAGAGUUGGAAAAGGCUCUCAGUUGUCCUGGACAACCGAGUAAAUGUGUCACAAUUGCUCGUUCUCUUGAUGGCCGGCUGCAAGUGUCUCAUCGUAAAGGGUUGCCUCAUGUUAUUUACUGUCGUGUAUGGCGCUGGCCUGAUCUACAAAGUCAUCAUGAGUUAAAACCUCUGGAAUGUUGUCAGUACCCAUUCAGUGCCAAACAAAAGGAGGUUUGCAUCAAUCCAUACCAUUACAAACGUGUAGAAAGUCCAGUUCUUCCACCAGUUCUUGUUCCUCGAUACAGUGAAUUUCCAGCAGGUGGCCAUGCACCUCAUCAUCAAAUGGCCCCUUUCCAUCCAAUCCAAGAGCCAGCCAUGCCCCAUAAUGUCACUUAUCCCUUUAUCAACCAACAACAACAGCAACAGCGCCAACAUUCUCCUGCAAGUUCAGCCCCCAGCAGUCCUUUUGGAUUACCUGCUGACACCCCUCCUCCUGCCUACCAACAACAUGAUGACACUUCCCAGAACAACAUGGCCAAUAAUAUGAGUAUGCACCAAGGCAAUACAGGUAUGCAGCAAGGAGGGCAAAGCUCACCACAAGCAAUGGAUACUACAAUAGCUACACCUCAAGAUGGUAUGCAAGUUACAUAUCAAGAACCGCAGUAUUGGAGUUCCAUCGUCUAUUAUGAGUUGAACAGCCGUGUUGGGGAAGCGUUUCAUGCCUCAAACACCAGCAUUGUUGUCGAUGGGUUCACCGAUCCAUCCAAUAAUGCUCAACGCUUUUGCCUUGGUUUACUCUCCAAUGUCAACAGGAAUUCAACCAUUGAAAACACUAGAAGACAUAUUGGUAAAGGUGUUCAUCUUUAUUACGUUGGUGGUGAAAUGUUUGCUGAGUGUCUGAGUGACAGUAGUAUUUUUGUCCAGAGUCGAAACUGUAAUUACCAUCAUGGCUUCCAUCCAACCACAGUUUGCAAGAUCCCGCCUGGCUGUAGUCUCAAAAUUUUCAACAAUCAAGAAUUUGCCCAGCUUCUCAGUCAGUCAGUAAAUCAUGGAUUUGAAGCUGUAUACGAACUAACCAAAAUGUGCACCAUACGGAUGAGUUUUGUGAAGGGGUGGGGUGCUGAGUAUCAUCGCCAGGAUGUGACAAGUACCCCUUGUUGGAUUGAAAUUCACCUCAAUGGCCCUCUUCAAUGGCUUGACAAGGUGCUGUCACAGAUGGGCCCACCCCAUAACCCUAUAUCGUCUGUGUCCUGAUCUGUUGUUGUAUGUGUUGUCUUGUUGAUGUUGUCUGGAGACAAAGGGUGGGUGGGGGUACAGGGGACAUUAGUGCUGCAGCGGUUCUACCACCAUCUCCUCCUCCUCCACUUCCUCUUCUGCCUCACUUGUCUUCAUCAUAGUCACCAUUCAAAACACUUUACAUGCAAGCCUAAAUAUUUCAAACUCUUUAUAAAUAGCAUCAUCUCUCUCUCUCUCUCUCUCUCUCAUACACACAUCCCAGUCUUUAUACUCUUUUACUCUCUCUCUCUCUCCCCUUCACUCAACAUAUAUUUAUGCUGUGUUGGUGGGGGCAGACGACUAAAAAAGAAAAGGAAAAACUAGAGAGAGCAGAGAGGUGGUGGGGGAGGAGAGUCCUGCUUUUUACCAAAGUUAUCAAGACAACUGUUAAAAUGGUUCUUGGAAUCAAAAUAUUGCAAAGAAAGGAAAACUUCACCAAACUUAAUGUCACUGCCGCCUCCUCUCGUCUGCUUUCUGUGGUUUUUGUGUUUUUGACAUGAAUAUAUCGACACUGGACAGCGUGUGUGUGGUGUUCGAAUGUUAAGCAGUGGAAAAGAUGUUUUCUUGCAGGGAGGGGGGGUCAGUAAAUUUUCUCUCAUUUAACUGCCUUCCCCUCACACACACACACAAACUAAUUAGGAAAAUCUCCCUCUUUAUUGGAACAGUUUUUUGUUGUCUUUUUGUUCCGUAUAAAAAAGAAUUAUUUUAGGUUUCCAGAUGAAAAUCUAAAGCGAAUCUCUCCACUGCCUCCCCCCCAUCCCUUUUCUUAAAAUUACUCAUUUGACUCUUGAGAUUUUGAGCUAAUUUUUCUCUUGUAAGUUUAAGAGUCAACAUGUCUUCAUAAGCAAAUUUCUGAAUGUUAUUAUGCAGGCAAAAAAUUGCAUCAUUGCAGACAUAUGCACACUGCCGUGCAGUUGAUGCAAUGUGCAAGUAUAUUUCUGGAUGUUGCAUCAGUUUUCACAGGGAAUAUUGCAGUUGUUCAGCUGUGAGCGGUUGAAUAUUCCACAGUCACUUAAUGUACUUUUUCGGUCCAAUCAGUGCAACAAAUCUGGUUCCUUUUGAAUUACACAAGCAUCCCUUUCGCUCCCACGGGUUGCUGUCCACCCCCACCCCAUGAGGGAGUGGCACCAGACCUUGCCCAGCAUGAGCAUUCACUCUCUCAUCAAUGGAGGGGUUCUGUUAGAAUCUGGUGCAGAGUUCAGUGCUUUAAUGACUCUAGCUAAAGUUUAACAAGAAAUAUUGCUUCCACUGUAGAUGAAACCUUCAUGCAAGAAGCAUUGUGUGUAUGUUGGCUGGUGAUGCAAAUUUCAGAACUUUUAUUUUUGUCUGUCAUUGUGAAUUCUUUGCCAUUUUUAACUGCCACUUGUGUUCCUGCUGUUCAAUAAAUGUCACUAGGAAAUCUUCAGAUUAGAGGAAAUGGCAGCAGACCAAAACACUUCACAACCCAAAAUGCUCUUUAAACUGUUCUCUUAACCAGAUUCUUCCAAGUUUGGUCAACAUUUCUUUCAUGCUACAUUUUCUUUCCUUUUCUAUAUUUUCACAGUUCUUUGGGCGAGUUUUUUUUUUUUUCCAUCAUUUGAAACAAAUUCUGUUUUUUUUUUUUUAAACUUUUUAUUUUAAAUUUUGUUUACUUUCAACAAUAAAAAAGAUAUAAAAAAUUUAAAUUCUUCAAAUUCACCAAUUCUAGAAUGUUCAUUCUCGCAAGUCGACCAGUGUUGAGAAUCAGCAAGUUACACACACACAGUUGCACUUUAGCAUUGUCGGGGGUCUGGUACCCACCUUAGGUUUUCUUUUUUUUGUUUUUUUUUGUGGUAACGAUGUUGGGGUGUUUUUGUUUCCAGUGCAACUGUUUUUUCUCUCUUCUUAAAAGCCUAUCAUUUGCUCUGCCAUCCAAUGUUGUAUCAUUACAGUUGCUGAAUGCUACAGACUCUUCCUCUCUACAUCUUCUGCUAAUUGUUGCUUUUUUUGUCGUUCCUAUUUGCUGGCUGCUUUUCAUCCCAAUGUAUGUUUUGACACAAGUGCAAACCUGACUUCGACCCCCAAUCACUGGGACAUUGAGAAUAAAUUACAAAAUAUUCAAAAGGAAA